GACUUUUUUACGCUCCACGAUUCUCCUGGGCUUCUUCCAGAAGGUCGACGCGGACGGUCGCGCAAAAAGAAAAAUUAAAAGUAAAAAAAAAAAUUAAAUAAAACAUAUCGUUUAAAGAACGCCAGUAGUCAACACAGUUAAAAAGGAAGUUAAAAAAAAGUCAUACGGACUCGAAUCGUUAACUGCGCUCCUCUCCGCAGAUGCUGCUGGGACCUGCUGAGUCUUUCCAGGAAUGUCGCCUCCUAUCACCAAUAUCUGGCAGCUAAUUGCAGUGCGUUCUGGUGGCUCAUUGCCCAUUCCAUGAGUUCGAUUCCAAACCCAGCCGUAAGGACCAUCAGUGUGAUAAAUUGAAUAACGUAAAUAUUCAGCUUGUCAGUAGAGAAUGGCAACUCGACGAGCAUUGAAGGCUGUUCUAAUAGAUCUCAGCGGAACGUUGCAUAUUGAAGAUACUGCCAUAUCCGGUGCCCAGGAAGCACUGCAGAAGUUGCGCAGUGCUCCUGUAGUUGUGAAGUUUGUAACUAACACCACCAAAGAAUGUAAACGAACACUGUUUGAACGACUACAGAAACUCAACUUUGACAUCCAUGAGGAUGAGAUCUUCACUUCCCUGACUGCAGCCAGAAAUCUUAUUGAGCAGAUGCAAGUCAGACCGUUACUACUGGUUGAUGAUAGUGCACUCGAAGACUUUGAAGGAAUAGACACAAUUGACCCUAAUGCUGUAGUCGUUGGAUUAGCUCCUCAGCAGUUUAAUUACACCACAAUGAACAAGGCAUUCAGGUUAAUUUUAGAUGGUGCCCCUCUAAUUGCCAUACACAAGGCAAGGUACUACAAGAAGCUGGAUGGCUUAUCACUUGGGCCAGGACCUUUUAUCACUGGGCUGGAAUAUGCAACAGAUGUUAAGGCCACAGUAGUGGGAAAGCCAGAGAAACCGUUCUUCCUUGAGGCUCUCCGUAGCAUUGGAUGCCAACCAGAAGAGGCGGUUAUGAUUGGUGACGAUGCUAGGGAUGACAUUGGUGGAGCACAAAAUGCUGGGAUGCUGGGUAUUUUGGUAAAAACUGGCAAGUACCAACCUGGAGAUGGAGGCAAAACAAGCCCCCCUCCUUAUUUGAUAUGCGAUGCUUUUCCACAGGCUGUUGACCACAUACUACAAAAACUGCUGUAAAAAUUCAUAAAGCUGAAAAAGUCAUCUAACUACAAUAGGCAUAUUCUAUAAAAGUUCACCAAACCGCUCCAGGCUGUUGUCAAAACGGUUAUUGGACUGAUAUUCUGCCAAGCACUAUUCAAAGGGAAAUGCACGUGGACAUUUUGCACAGUUGUAUUAAUCAGAGAUCAAAACUGGUAUGUAGUCGUAUUUCAGUAUCUAUGUUUCUGAAAAAUAAAGAUGAUUUUGGAAGAAGA